AGAUUUUGUCCAUAGAUACCCCCCUGCAAAUUCAAGGUUGGAAUGAUUGUGGAGGCAUUAGAAGAUGACGGCUUUUGGUAUAAAGCCAAAGUAUUGUCAGUACAGAAGGAAAGAGUUAAAAUACAUUGGACUGGUUAUAACUUGGAUGAGGGGCUUUCAACAAAGGUCAGGUUUGAGUUGAAGACUGGUGACAAGGUUGAGGCUCCAUGGUUGGUGCACAGAGCAGCUCGAUACCCUGGCCAUGUUGAGCGUGUUGAUGGAGAAUAUGUGCUAAUUGAAUUUAGUGACAUGACAAAGAAAAGAAUUCAUUUCAAGUAUAUUGAGAAGAAAACGAACCAUCUCUGAAACCCAACUGGACUUUCAAGACAACCGGACACUGAGAUAAGCCCAAGUUCAUAAGUUUGAAUUA